CAGGCUAACAGGGACAUGGCUUAGCGUGGUUCGAGCAAUUACAUCGAUAAUCAUAUAGCUAUAUUUUUAUUACAUACAUCUCAUUUACUUUAAAAAAAAAAAUCUUUGUAAACGUACUUGAUUAACGCAAACUUGUGCGUUGGAUUUAUCAGGCUAAUUCGAGCAUUUCUUGACAACACGGCUCAUCUCAACCGGUGAAGCCAAGCAGAACAGGAGCAACAUGGUAGUUCCGGACAGCGCCGGUGAGGUCCAACCGGCAGGCAAUGACUGUACCGGGGGUCUCAUGAAGACGUCCCAGCCGAGCUACGAGGAGGAGCAGGAGCUAGCAGGGGUGGAGUUGGAAGAGGUACGUAAGCUCCAGGAGCUCAUUCGAAGACUCGAGGUCCAGAAUCAAACACUCCGCAACAGGGGAGGCAGUAAAAAUCUACAUCUUAGGGGAGCGACCACCACAAACAGUAACCUCACAACCAGUACCAACAUCAAUGAGAGAAUCUCUUCCAGCGAAGAGGUGACCAACACCAACUCCCCUCUCAGGUUGGGGAGCAGUGGAAGUUGUGGAACUGAACUAGGCAGCAGCAGUGACGUGGAGCUGUCCCCUCCUCAGGACAGUAGUAGCAGUGAGGAUAUGUCCCCGCUCCCUGCAGCUAACCAGAUAGAGGAUGCGGAUGGUGGACUGUGCGCAGGCUUUCUGACCCUGCCCUGCGGGAACGGACCAGGACCGGCGCAGACCCAGGGGCUAAGCCCAACCCCAGAGAGUCCCUCUCUGGACAGCUAUGAGUCUGAGACUCUGGCGGAGAGCGACUCUGGGGUGGACCAGUUGGCCCUGGAUGAGGUUGAUGUUCUGGACCUAUGGGAGGACCUUGCAGAGGUGGAUGACGAGGACAGCUGGUUGUAUGUCUCCCCUAAGAAGCAGGUAGUUGCUGAGCCCAGGCCUGAGUCUCCUCUGAAGUGGUGUCGGAAGGUUCUGGACCACCCCAGCCCAGAGACGGAGGUGGCCUGUCGCACCCUGCUCAACCGUCUCGACCAGAGUACACACCUACCUACAUCUCGCUGGAGGAACAUCUACAGCAGCGCUGGUCAGACGGGGGAGGCUGGCUCCUCUGGCUCUGGUCUCCUCUCUCCUGGGUACCACAACAAAUCCACUAACAAAAUCCUACUAACCAGUGGUGGCUCAGGCUACAUGAGUAUGUACUCUGCUCUGAGUUCCCAGUCGUCUAUAGACAGUGAGCUGAGUACCUCAGACGACUCCAUCACCAUGGGUUACAAGCUACAGGACCUCACUGACGUCCAGAUCAUGGCCCGCCUACAGGAAGAGAGUCUGAGACAGGACUAUGCCUCCAGCUCUGCCUCAGUGUCUCGUCGUAGUUCCUCUGCCUCCCUCCAGUCUCUACGUCGGGGUGGGACCUACAGCGACCAGGAGUUUGACACCUACAGCCUGGAGGAUGAGGAGGAUGAGUGUUGCUCUCUGCCCCAGCGACGCCUCCGCUACUCCCCCUCUCCCCUGGGCUCGCCCCGCUGCCUCUCCCCCUCCCCAGGCUCCCAGGGCCAGGCAGAGUACAGCAGGCUGGGGGCCCCCCGGCAACGUGCUCCACGUCGAUCGCUACAGGGGCCCGGGCCCGAGCUGCUAAAGUUCGCCAAGACCGAGGAAGAGGUGAGGCACAGCAUGCCUAACCUGGCCCCCCGCACCAGCCUGCGUUCCCUGGAGGCGGUCAGGAACAGCCGCAGCAUGGAGGCUAACCUCCAGAGCUCUGGCAACCGCAUAUCUCACCUGCCCCACUCCCCCUCCUCAGGUAUGUCAUCUAGUCGGAUGCGAGGCAGUGGCCAGUCCCCUCUGUCCAUGCGGGUCCCUGUCAAAGCCAUGGGCUCCAUGCCAGGGGCCCGCCAGCCCUCCAGGGGCCUGCCUGUAGUCCAGAGUGGACCCAAUGGAGGGGUACGAAGGGUCCAGUCCCCAGGGCCUGCCAAUGGGGGAGCCUACCCAGCUGGGAGAGCCUCUACUGGGGGUGGGAGGCAAGCAGCAGCCCCAUCCUCCAGGGGAAGACUGGCCCAGACACCUAGAAGGUCUAUGGGGAUGACUAGAAUGAAUGGCCCAAUCUCAAAUGAGUCGUGGAGAGACGGCUGCUACUGAGGCAACAAGGAAACUUCCUCCACCGCUCUCCUUUACCUCACAUUUUAGUAUAAACAACACCAACAUUGUGUACUGACUCUGAACAUACCCCUGUGGGCAACACCAACUUACUUGCCUCUGAACAUACCCCUGUGGGCAACACCAACUUACUUGCCUCUGAACAUACCCCUGUGGGCAACACCAACUUACUUGCCUCUGAACAUACCUCUGUAGGCUGGACCACUGUAGAUGAACAGACCUUCCUUGGCAUGAAGAACCCUCUCACACCAUGGUUAUACUGGAGAGAGACCGGAUAGAGAGUGACUUAGCGCACAAACACACACACCGCUCUAUCGCUCUAGGGACCUAGACCAAGCUUCCACAAAAUGUUGUUUUUAACAAGUCAAUUCCAGUCUAUAUUUUAUGAUAGUUGUUGAGAGAAGACUACGGGUUGUUUUUGAUUUGUUUACGUUCUGUACAAAUGAUUGAAGACCGUGGGUGGACUGUUCUAUUGUGUGAAGUUGAACUCCUAACUGAUAUGAAGGUGAUCUCAUCUUGGGUGUUGCAUGAUGUUUCUGUUUAGUUUCCUCUGAGGACAAAGAAGUUAGUUUGUUACAUAAUAGCCUUAUCAAUAGUAAGUCUGUUCUUCCAAGGAACAAACCCCAUGUUGAUGCGUGUGGGAAGGUUUUUUGAAUGUUUGUGAGUGAUUGAUUGUGAUUUCUCCUAUAAUGAUGUGUUGUCUAUUUGUGUUUUGCCGAGUCUGACGCAACAUCUCUGGACCACACUGCCCUUCCCUUAAGAAAAAUAAAACAUGUUAUUGUUGGGUUCAAUUCUUUGUGCCAAGGUGCAUUUCUGAUGCUGCAGCACUGUUUCUAAAAUCCAAUAAAGUACGACUUGUAGUUGA